AUGAUGAUGCGGAUCGUCCUCUUCCUCUCCCUCGCCUGCUUGUCUCUUGCGUCGUGUUCACCUCCUCCUGAUGCUUCGUGUGCAGGAACAACGACGCCCUUCUGUGGGUCUUGCUGCUGCAGUGCCGAAGACGACCUGAAGCUGCGUGAGGCAUUCCUCGCCGAGGUGAAAGCCCACGGUUACGAGGACGCUGCCUGCAGAUCCGAGCUGAAGGCCUACAUCUGUGCGAUGUGCGUGGCCGCCACUGCUCCGGCCGACGACGACACGUCCUCCACGCUUCCUCUCCAUUGCGCCGGCGCUGCGGCCCCGCCGUCCAUCUCCACUACCCGUCGCGACGACGAGCUAGGCUGCACUGACGGCGGCGGCAGCAGGAGAUCGUCCAGCGGCACGCUGUGCGUGCACAAGGCUUCCACGCGGGCGUACGAUGGUGUGGUGCCACUUCAUGAUGGAUCUGGCCGACUCCUCUGUUGGCGAAGAAACGGGCAGAUAUGGUUGGCUACGGUGGACGUGGUGGACCCCACCGGCGGCUCCAUCCUCCGCGUGGGCGACAAGCCGGUGGUCGACCUCGGCACCCGCGUCAGCCAAGACGCCGCCGCGCACGGCCGGGGCCUCGCUGGGGUCGCUGUCCAUUCCAGCGGCAGAUUGUUCAUCUCCUACUACACGACCGUUGCCACAGACGGCGGCGGCGCCUUCCUCGUCGUCGACCAACUGCCGACAGCAUCCUGGAGCGGGCACGAGGCCAACAGGAACCCGGCCCAGGCUAGGACUACGAGGGUGUUCUCGAUGGCCUUGGCGGAGCCCCGCUCCUCAUCAGUAGGCUUUCUCCUCGACUACUACGGUGGCCAGAUCCUAUUUCGGCCCACCAACGCUGACUCUUUCCUUUACCUCGUCACUGGCCCGGCCCAGAGCGAUGGUCAACUGCAAGCAAAAAUCUUGCGCUUUCGCGUUGGAGGCAUGCCGUCGGGAAUCGGUUCCACGGAGGUCCAAGUAUACGCAUCGCUCUUAGGCGUCCCGAGGCGAUGCGCGUUCGAUGCCGACAAGCCUCACGACCUCUACUGCGCAAUCGUUAAGGAAGAGCAAGAGGUUGUAUACCUCACCUCAGACGGCCCAUCCCCCUCUGCCAUGCCGCCAAGUGCCUCGCUCAUCGUGGCCCACCAACGGCCCACGCCAAGAACUCCGCCAUCCCUAGUAGGCGGCCUGCUUUACCGAGGUUACGCGGACAACACCCUCACCGGAAGCUAUAUCUACAUGGAAGGCUCAGAAUUCUGGUGGACGGUGGCGUCGCCGGAGAGCAACUACACCACCACUCGGAACCUCCGGGUCACCCUCUGCGACGCCGAGGACACCCACACCAGAGCCCCCACAUCCACAUCUACUAAGAGCCUUCUCAAGUGGAUCUUUGGUGUGAUAGGAAGCCUGAUAGCGAUUCUUGGUGGUGGUUACGGGGCGUACAGGUACAGGACAUGCAGUUGCUUCAACAGGACGACUGACAUCACGAUCAACGCCACCAAUGUGAACAUCCACAACGGCGAAAAUAAAAUCGAACUCGCCGUUAUUAGUACAGAAGGAUAG